AGACCCCCAGGGCCCUGGCGGCCAUCUUUGAGAGUCCCAGUGAUGACGAGGACUUCCUGGGUUUCGCCGUGCCAGUGCUGAGUGACAGUGAGUCAGACAGCCUAGCCUCUGAGGACUCUGGGAAGCCGGUAGGUAGCUGCCAACCAUUACCAGACACACACACUGCUAUCCUUGUUUCUUUAUUCUGUUACAGUUAGCUAUUGAAAUAAUCCAUCCAUCUCUCUCUCUCUUCAGGCAAUGUCUUUCAGGUCAAAGUUUGUGACCUCUGAGUUGGUUAGUCUGUUUAGCCAUUCAGACAAUGAAGGGGAGGAGUUUGAGGGCUUCGGUGAGGAAGAGAAGAGGGGGUCCAGAAGCAGGACGAAGGCUAUGGUGCUGAGACCUAACUUGUUCUCCUGUUCUCUCUCUCCUCUCCUGUUGUCUCUCUCUCUCUCUCCUCUCCUGUUGUCUCUCUCUCUCUCUUGUCUCCUGUUCUCUCUCUUGUCUCCUGUUCUCUCUCUUGUCUCCUGUUCUCUCUCUUGUCUCCUGUUCUCUCUCUCUUGUCUCCUGUUCUCUCUCUCUUGUCUCCUGUUCUCUCUCUCUUGUCUCCUGUUCUCUCUCUCGUCUCCUGUUCUCUCUCUCGUCUCCUGUUCUCUCUCUCCUCUCCUGUUGUCUCUUGUUGUCUCCUGUUGUCUCUCUCGUCUCCUGUUGUCUCUCUCUCUCGUCUCCUGUUCUCUCUCUCGUCUCCUGUUCUCUCUCUCGUCUCCUGUUCUCUCUCUCCUCUCCUGUUGUCUCUCUCUCUCGUCUCCUGUUCUCUCUCUCGUCUCCUGUUCUCUCUCUCGUCUCCUGUUCUCUCUCUCCUCUCCUGUUGUCUCUCUCGUCUUCCCUGUUGUCUCUCUCGUCUCCUGUUGUUCUCUCGUCUCCUGUUGUCUCUCUCGUCUCCUGUUGUCUCUCUCGUCUCCUGUUGUCUCUCUCGUCUCCUGUUGUCUCUCUCCUCUCCUGUUGUCUCUCUCGUCUCCUGUUGUCUCUCUCGUCUCCUGUUGUCUCUCUCGUCUCCUGUGGUCUCUCUCUCGUCUCCUGUUGUCUCUCUCUCGUCUCCUGUUGUCUCUCUCUCGUCUCCUGUGUCUCUCUCUCGUCUCCUGUGGUCUCUCUCUCGUCUCCUGUGGUCUCUCUCUCGUCUCCUGUGGUCUCUCUCUCGUCUCCUGUGUCUCUCUCUCUCGUCUCCUGUGGUCUCUCUCUCUCUCGUCUCCUGUGGUCUCUCUCUCUCUCGUCUCCUGUGGUCUCUCUCUCUCUCGUCUCCUGUUGUCUCUCUCUCUCGUCUCCUGUUGUCUCUCUCUCUCUCUCUCGUCUCCUGUUGUCUCUCUCUCUCGUCUCCUGUUCUCUCUCGUCUCCUGUUCUCGUCUCCUGUUCUCUCUCUCUGUCGUCUCCUGUUCUCUCUCUCUCUCGUCUCCUGUUCUCUUGUCUCCUGUUCUCUCUCUCUGUCGUCUCCUGUUCUCUCUCUCUGUCGUCUCCUGUUCUCUCUCGUCUCCUGUUCUCUCUCGUCUCCUGUUCUCUCCAGUGGUAUGUGCGUAUGAGGAUUCUUGGUUAUAACAUGACUCAUCUUUUCUCUCGUUCCAGUGCAUAGCGGAGGAGAGUGAUGAGGACACAGGGUUCUACUCCGAGGGGGAGGAGCCAGACACACACAAGAGGAGGAGUCUCUGUGUCGCCUUCAGGUGAGUGUACGUGUGUACCUGUGUGUCAGGGUUUCCUUUAGCCGGCUUUUUGCUUUUUAGCCGAUUCAUUGAUGGAAAUACAUUUGACCGGUCAUGCUUAUCAGUCUAUAGGUUAAUUUGCAUAAUUUAGUGGAAUUCAAUUAGCGCAUAUGUACAGUAUAUUUUUAUAUUUUACAUUUUAGUCAUUUAGCAGACGCUCUUAUUCAGAGCGACUUACAGGUGCAAUUGGAGUUAAGUGCCUCGCUCAAGGACACAUCAACAGAUUUUUCAACUAGUCGGCUUGGGGAUUCGAACCAGCGACCUUUCGGUUACUGGCCCAACGCUCUUAACCACUAGGCUACCUAUGUAUCUUAUUUAUCACACGUACAGCAUACAAAUACAGAGCCUUUGAGCGAAAAAUCUGACAUCGCGAGAACUUCUGCUACAGCAUCUCAAACAGCAAAUGCAUAGUCAACGGAAGGCCUAAAUCAGUGAGUCACAGCACUUUGCAAUGAGCUGGAGGCAGUGUGCAUUUUGAAAACAUAUACUUAAAUGUUUGAAACCUGAACGUUUUACUACAUAUUAUGAGGCUUUUUAAAGUUAUUGUUUUAUGUAGCCUAGGCUUACUGGUUGGAUAACUUUGGGAUCUAUCCUCCCACAACUGUCCCAGAGUCUGUUUGGAACAGGCUAUUUCUUUGUCGCGCAGAACGACAAGCUGACCAACAGAAUAGGUAAACUUUUCUACUAUGGGGGAUAGUAGAUUGACAUAGGCUAGUGAUUUUGCUGUUAGUUACUCGUCUUGUUGGCUGAGGAAAAGUAAAAUGUGGACAGUUAUUCUAACAUCGUGGUCCUCUGUAACUCAAUUGGUAGAGCAUGGCGCUUGUAACGCCAGGGUAGUGGGUUCGAUCCCCGGGACCACCCAUACGUAAAAAUGUAUGCACACAUGACUGUAAGUUGCUUUGGAUAAAAGCAUCUGCUAAUUGGCAUAUUAUUAUUAUUAUUAUUAUUAUUAUUAUUAUUAUUAUUAUUAUUACAUCUUUAAAGUGAGCGUCAGAAUUCGGUAAGGAGGACCACACAUCGUUGCAUCCUCGACUUGCAUGUUCAGUUAAUAUGAAUGACCAUAAUCUAAAAGUGAUUUCUGUCAUUCUGAGAACAGUGGGUGGACGCCCUAAUCAGGUUACUCACCCAAUGCAUAUGAAUCUGGUACAAUUUCUCAAAUGUCCGGUAAAUUAAAAUGCUGCCGGUCAAGUGUCCCGUGCCACAUUUUCGGAAAACCCUGCUGUGUGUGUGUGUCUGUCUCAAAAAUGGCACCAUAUUCACUAUAUGAUCCACUGCUUUUGACCACAGUCCUAUUGGGUUUUUGAAUUAUACUAAUAAUUCUGCCUCUUCUUCAGGUUUCCCACAAAAAGACUCUCUGCCCAGAAAGGGGAGGCACAAAAUAACCCCCAAGCAAUUAGCGCCGCCCCUCCGGAGAGGAGAACCAAUGAGAGGCUGCAUCUGAAAAGGGGUUGUGUCUCAGGAGUCCAGUGGUAGGGUGACAUGGGGUCAGAAACCGCCCCCCAAAAAAGAGGAGGUAGAAGAAGAGAAGAAGAUGGAGGUCGAGUCUCCAAUUCUAAAUAAACGAGCCAAGAACAUCCAGGAGAACAAAGCCAUGGUACAUGACCUCUAACCUUUGACCAGGGUUGUGUUCCUUAGGCAGAAAUACUACUGAACCCAACCCCCUCCUCUGAUUUCUGUCUCUUGUUAUUAUUGUGUAUAUUAGAAGUGUCUUCUCAUCCUCUGGGUUACUGUUGUCCUCUAGUUGGCCAAGCUGUUUGCUGACCUGACCAACAUGGCUGAACUCACCUCCUCUCCCACGGUGAGUACACUGCACACUUGACUGAGCUACAGUUUGACUAGAAUUGGUUCAUAUUGGGCAUGUUUGAGAUGAACUUACUGGCUUGUUCCACGAAUUAGGUGCCUUUUUGAGUAGUGUAACUUUGUGAAAAAACGUUUUAAUAGAUAAAACAUGUUUUCCUUCUCAAAUCAAAUGUAUUGGUCACAUACACAUGGUUAGCAGAUGUUUAUAGCGAGUGUAGCGAAAUGCUUGUGCUUCUAGCUCCGACAGUGCAGCAAUGUCUAGCAAGUAAUAUCUAACAGUUCCACAACAAAUACCUAAUACACACAAAUCUAAGUAAAGGAAUGGAAUAAGAAUAUAUAAAUAUAUGGAUGAGCAAUGUCAUUGUCAGAGCGGCAUAGGCUAAGAUGCAAUAGAUAGUAUAGAAUACAGUAUAUACAUAUGAGAUGGGUAAUGGAAGAUAUGUAAACAUUAUUAAAGUGGCGUUAUUAAAGUGACUAGUGUUCCAUUUAUUAAAGUGGCCAGUGAUUUUCAAGUCUGUAUGUAGGCAGCAGCCUCUCUGUGCUAGUGAUGGCUGUUUAACAGUCUGAUGGCCUUGAGAUAGAAGCUGUUUUUCAGUCUCUCGGUCCCAGCUUUGAUGCACCUGUACUGACCUCGCCUUCUGGAUGAUAGUGGGGUGAACAGGCAGUGGCUGAGGUGGUAGAUGUCCUUGAUUUUCUUUUUGGCCUUCCUUUGACAUCGUGUUCUGUAGGUGUCCUGGAGGGCGGGUAGUUGGCCCCGGUGAUGCGUUGUGCAGACCUCGAGAGAGAAUAUAAAACUUUAAGUGCCAAAUAAAGUAACAGGGUUGACCGUACAGGGUUGACCGUAACAGGGUUGACCGUAACAGGGUUGACCGUAAUCUGGUUGAUGACUUCAUCUUAAAUCAUCCAUAAAUCCUCUUGUGGCAGGGGGAAUGGAAGCUUGUUGUGUGGCUGGGAGGGGCAAAAUAAAUACAAGUGAAAUAAAAAAUAAUUGAAUUCAAGCGUCACUAAAAAAAUGUAAUUGUUAAAACAUUUCUAUAGGAAUAGUUUCACCAUAUUAAAACAAGAGUUCAGUUCACGUAACAUGGUUGACCGUAACAGGGUUGACCUUAAAAUGAGGGACAAGGUUUUUUCAUCCUAAAAUGAAUCAAUAAUCACAUGAAAUAAAUAAUAAGCAACAAUAUAACUAGGGCUUUACAAUGAUGGUGAAAACUUGGAGAAAUGUUGGGGUUAGAAUCUUCCUAGAAGUCACAGAGGAUGAACAGAGGGACAUUUCAAAAUGUGGAAUUUUAGCACUUUAGCAAGUCUUUAUUCAGAUGAAGAUUCGUUGAAUUUUCCAGGUGGUCUAUAUUAAAGGGCACUUCAUUUAAUAUAAUAUUGGUGCACAAUUUCUACUUCAAAUAUCAAAGGGACACAAAAGGCAUUCAUUUCGUAGAAUGACUACUGGAUUGCAAUCGGACUGCGCAGAAUCUCUAAAUCACCUUGCAUCCCAAAGAUUAGUGACGCUGCACCUCGUCUGGCCCAAGCUGAUCCCCUCAAACAUGCUGACUUUCUCAGGUGACUCAUGACUUCUGGGUGUUGUGGUCCUGACUGGUGCAUUGUGGGUGUUGUUGUGUUCCAGAAGAAGAGGCGUGUGAGUGAGAAGCCGCCCCCUCGUAGACGGGGUGUGUGCGAGGGGGGCGAGAGGAGGAACCCAUCGCGUGCGGCCAGACCACCAGAGAAGUUUGGGGUGGAGGAGAGGAGUACCUCGCCCUCACGACACGACAGAUCCGUGAGGACUGUCGAUGUCAGGAAACUACUGGAGGUACAGCAGUGGAGGCUGCUGAGGGGAGGACUGUGUGUGUGUGUGUCACAGGAGGUUGGUGGCACCUUAAUUGGGGAGGACUGCUCAUAAUAAUGGCUGGAAUGGUGCGAAUGGAAUGGCAUCAAACACCUGGAAACCAUGGAAACCAUGUUGUUGAUACCAUUCCACUGAUUCCGCUCCAGUCAUUACCACGAGCCCGUCCUCCCCAAUUAAGGUGCCACCAACCUCCUGUGACGCACACACACACACACACACGCAUUACUUACGUAAGCAUGCGCACACACACAUAGUGAACACAACUGUGACACACACACACACACACAUAGUCAUUAUGCACACACUAGACACCCUUUGCACGGGUAACUCUUGAUCAUUGUGACUGGACCAGUAGAUGAUUGUGUGUGUGUGUGUGUGUGUGUGUGGCCAGGUGGAUGAGCUGAGUAGAAGUGGGAGGAAGAGGAGGGUGAGCAGCGGGAAGAGGAGGAAGAUUACACAUGUGAGAUCAGUCGAUGAAAUCACAGAGGAAGAGCUGGACAACGUGGCGCAACGUGCCAAAGACAAGAUACUGGACAAGGACCACGUAAGACACACACACACACACACACACACACAGAGCAAGGCUUUUACAAUUGUCACUUUUCAUCAGCUGCUCAGUUCUACUGUCUUUCCCAUCUCCUGUCCUGUGAUCUGGUGUGUUCCAGGGCAGCACGUGUCACCAGUGCAGACAGAAAACUCUGGACACCAAGACGGUGUGUCGUAGUGGAGUGUGUAUAGGGGGCAAAGGUCAGUUCUGUGGGCCCUGUCUGAGGAACCGCUACGGAGAGGACGUACACGCCGCCCUGCUGGACCCGGUCAGUAUACACACAUAGCCCUGGACCUCGACCCUAUCAGUACACCAAAUAUAUGUCUCCCUCUCUCUGUCUCCCUCUCUCUGUGUAUAUCUCUGUCUGUGUAUCUCUCUCUCGCUGUCUGUGUAUCUCUCUCUCUCUCUUUCUCUUUCUCUCAAUUCAAUUCAAUUUAAGGGCUUUAUUGGCAUGGGAAACGUAUGUUAACAUUGCCAAAGCAAGUGAAGUAGAUAGUAUUUAUUGUUUAUUUCACUUUUGUUUACUAACAGUAAACAUUACACUCAGAAGUUUCAAAAGAAUAAAGACAUUUCAAAUGUCAUAUUAUGUAUAUAUACAGUGUUGUAACAAUGUGCAAAUAGUUAAAGUACAAAUGGGAAAAUAAAUAAACAUAUGGGUUGUAUUUACAAUGGUGUUUGUUCUUCACUGGUUGCCCUUUUCUUGUGGCAACAGGUCACAAAUCUUGCAGCUGUGAUGGCACACUGACACUCUGUAUCUUUCUCACUCUCUCCCUCUCUGUAUCUCUCUCUCUCUCUCAAUUCAAUAUACUUUAUUGACAUGGCAAGUUAAAUUACUUACAUUGUCAAAGUAUACAUGUAACAAAAAUGGUGGGACCAACAGCUAUAAUAAUAGUAGUAGUGGAAAUGGGACUACCAUUAACAGCAACUACAACCACAAUAUUAAUGAGAAUAACAAUACAUUAAAGCAAUAGUAGUCGACCAGUCUCAACAUGACUGAGAAGACACAUUACAUGGUAUAAAAGCCAAAACAAAACAGGAAAUAUUAUUGACAUUACAUUACACUUUUCACUGGCUGUCCCUCAGGUUGUGGCAGGAGGAGGCUUUUCACCCAAUAAAUAUUAGAUUUUUUCUUCCUCUUUUAUAGUUUCAAAUUCUUUGUACUGAAUGAUAAUUUUGGGAAAGAAAGAUUCUAUUAGGUCUGAGUAUUUGUCACAGUGUAAUAGGAAAUGCAGCUCUGUCUCUACCUCUCCCCGGGGGUAGAGUGAGCACAGCCUGUCCUCUCUGGGCAGCCAGGUUUGCCUGUGACGACUGGUCUCUAUAGCCAGACUGUGCUCACUGAGUCUGUACCUAGUCAUUGUUUUCCUCAGUUUUCUAUCAGUCACAGUGGUCAGAUAGUCUGCCACCAUGUACUGUCUGUUUAGAGCCAAAUAGCAAUGAAGUUUACUUAAUUUUUUGUGGUGUCUUUCCAAUAGGUGAUAUAUUUUUCUUUUUGAUUCGUGAUGAUUUGGUUGGGCCAGAUUUUCUGAGUGCUGUCCUGAGGCUCUAUGAGGUUGGUUUUGGUUAGUGAACUGAGCCUCAGAACCAGCUGGCUGAGGGGACUCUUCUCUUGUUUCAUCUCUUGACACAGUAGAGCUGUGUGAUGGAAUGUUUAGGGGUCACUAGUUUUUAGAUGGUUGUAAAAUUUGAUGGCUCUUUUUUCUAUUUGAUUAAGGAGGGGGUAUUGGCUCAAUUCUUUUCUACAUGCGUUAUUUGGAGUUUUUCUUUGCACUUGCAAUACAGUCUUGCAAAACUCUGCAUGCAGUAUUUCGAUUGGAUGUUUGUCCCAUUUGGUAAAUUCAGUAUUAGAGAGCGGACCCUAUACUUCGCUGCCAUAUAGAGCAAUUGGUUCGAUAACUGAUUGGAACAUUUUGAGCCAGAUUCUAAUUGGAAUUUCGAUUUUAAUAUUCCUUUUAAUGGCAUAGAAUGCUCUUCUUGCUUUGUCUCUCAGCUCAUUCACAGCCAUGUGAAAGCUACCUGUGUUGCUGAUAUUUAGUCCUAGAUAUGUGUAAUUUUUGGUGUGUUCUAAUACAUUUACAUUACAUUUUAGUCAUUUAGCAGACGCUCUUAUCCAGAGCGACUUACAGGAGCAAUUAGGGUUAAGUGCCUUGCUCAAGGGCACAUCGACAGAUUUUUCCACCUAGUCGGCUCGGGGAUUAGAACCAGCGACCUUUCGGUUACUGGCACAACGCUCUUACCCACUAAGCUACCUGCCGCCUCGAACUAAGAACUGUGUCCAAAUAUAAUUUAUAUUUGUCAUCCUGAUUUCCUGACCUUUUUUGGAAUAUUAUUAUAUUCGGUUUUUUUUAGAUUAACGGUCAGAGCCCAGGUCUGACAGAACCUGUGUAGAUGAUCUAGAUGCUGCUGUAACCCCUCCUUAGUGCGAGACAGUAGCACCAGGUCAUCUGCGUACAGCAGACACUUGAUUUCAGUGUUGUGUAGGGUGAGACCAGGUGCUGCCGAUUCUUCUAAUGUUUUUGCCAAUUCAUUAAUGUAGAUGUUAAAUAGUGUUAGACUUAUUGGGCAGCCCUGUUUCACUCCACGUCCCUGAGAGAAGAAGUCUGUUUGCUUGUUGCCAAUUUUAACCGCACAUUUGUUUUUAGUGUACAUUGAUUUAAUAACAUCAUAUGUUUUCCCUCCAAUACCACUUUCUAUUAGUUUGUAAAAAAUACCUUUGUGCCAAAUUGAAUCAUACUUUCUUGAAGUCUUCAAACCACGAGUAGAUUUUGCCUUUGUUUUGGUUUACUUGUUUGUCAAUUAGAGUGUUGAGGGUGUAAAUGUGGUCUGUUGUACGAUAAUUUUAAAAAAAUCCAGUCUGGCUUCUGCUUAGGACGUUGUGUUCAUCAAGGAAAUUAUGUAGUCUACUGUUUAUGAUACUGCAGAGAAUUUUCCCCAAGUUGUUUUUAACGCAAAUUCCUCUAAUUAUUUGGGCCAAAUUUGUCUACAUUUUUAUAGAUUGGUGUGAUCAAUCGGAAAAUACCUGCAGUUAGGAUAAUGUUGAAGAGUUUGAGUAUAGCCAAUUUGAAUUUGUGGUCUGUAUAUUUGAUCAUUUCAUUUGAAAUACCAUCAGCACCACAGGCCUUUUUGGGUUGGAGAGUGCAAAGUUUUUCCAAUAAUUCUUGUUCUAUAAUUGGGGUAUCCACAGGAUUCUGAGAGUCUUUGACUGCUGAUUCAAGGAUUUGUAAUUUUUCUUGUAUAUCUUGUUGUUCUGGGCUCGUUGUUAUAUUGCUGUAGAGGUUUGCAAAGUGAUUUCUCCACAGAUCCCCAUUUUGGAUAGCCAAUUCCUCAUUAGGUUUUUUAAUUUAUUCAAAUUCUCCCAGAAGUGGUUUGAUUCUAUGGAUUCCUCAAUCACAUCCAGCUGAUUUAUAAUGUGCUGUUCCUUUUUUGUUCUUGGGGUGUAUUUGUAUUGCUUCAGUGUUUCCCCAUAUUGAAGGCGUAUAUUUUUGUUGUCUGGGUCUCUGUGUUUUUGAUUAGAUAUAUUUUUCAAUGACUUUCUUACAUUUUUGCAAUCAUUAUCAAACCAUUUUUCAUUAUCUAUUCUUUUUGGUUUGCUCUUAUGUUUCUUUAGAUUAGCCAAGGAGGCUUCCAAACGGCCAAAUUUACACCUUCAUUGCUGUAGGAGAAUGUUAAGGCUAAAAAGUUGUCCAGGAGAGAUUGUAUUUUUUGGCUACUAAUUGCUUUUUGGUAGAUUUCUGUACUGUUUGCACGCCAUCUAUAGGUCUGAAUCGUACUACACUGGCUCUGACGCUCAUCGGAUGUGGCAGGGCUUGAAAACUAUUACAGACUACAAAGGGAAGCACAGCCGCGAGCUGCCUCGUGACACAAGCCUACCAGACGAGCUAAACCACUUCUAUGCUCGCUUCAAGGCAAGCAACACUGAAGCAUGCAUUAGAGCACCAGCUGUUCCGGAUGACUAUGUGAUCACGCUCUCCGUAGCCGAUGUGAGUAAGACUUUUAAGCAGGUCAACAUUCACAAGGCCGCAGGGCCAGACGGAUUACCAGGACGUGUACUCCGAGCAUGUGCUGACCAACUGGCAAGUGUCUUGACUGACAUUUUCAACAUGUCCCUGACUGAGUCUGUAAUACCAACAUGUUUCAAGCAGACCACCAUAGUCCCCGUGCCCAAGGACUCUAAGAUAACCUGCCUAAAUGACUACCGACCCGUAGCACUGACGUCUGUAGCCAUGAAGUGCUUUGAAAGGCUGGUCAUGGCUCACAUCAACAGCAUUAUCCCAGAAACCCUAGACCCACUCCAAUUUGCAUACCGCCCCAACAGAUCCACAGAUCUCUAUUGCACUACACACUGCCCUUUCCCACCUGGACAAGAGGAACACCUACGUGAGAAUGCUAUUCAUUGACUACAGCUCAGCAUUCAACACCAUAGUGCCCUCUAAGCUCAUCACUAAGCUAAGGAUCCUGGGACUAAACACCUCCCUCUGCAACUGGAUCCUGGACUUCCUGACGGGCCGCCCCCAGGUGGUAAGGGUAGGUAACAACACAUCUGCCACACUGACCCUCAACACGGGGGCCCCUCAGGGGUGCGUGCUCAGUCCCCUCCUGUACUCUCUGUUCACCCAUGACCAUGGCCAGGCACGACUCCAACACCAUCAUUAAGUUUGCCGACGACACAACAGUGGUAGGCCUGAUCACCGACAACGAUGAGACAGCCUAUAGGGAGGAGGUCAGAGACCUGACCGUGUGGUGCCAGGACAACAACCUCUCCCUCAACGUGACCAAGACAAAGGAGAUGAUUGUGGACUACAGGAAAAAAAAGAGGACUGAGCACGCCCCCAUUCUCAUCGACGGGGCUGUAGUGGAACAGGUUGAGAGCUUCAAGUUCCUUGGUGUCCACAUCACCAACAAACUAUCAUGGUCCAAACACACCAAGACAGUCGUGAAGAGGGCACGACAAAGCCUAUUCCCCCUCAGGAGACUGAAAAGAUUUGGCAUGGGUCCUCAGAUCCUCAAAAAAUUCUACAGCUGCACCAUCGAGAGCAUCCUGACUGGUUGCAUCACCGCCUGGUAUGGCAACUGCUUGGCCUCCGACCGCAAGGCACUACAGAGGGUAGUGCGUACGGCCCAGUACAUCACUGGGGCCAAGCUUCCUGCCAUCCAGGACCUCUAUACCAGGCGGUGUCAGAGAAAGGCCCUCAAAAUUGUCAAAGACUCCAGCCACCCUAGUCAUAGACUGUUCUCUCUGCUACCGCACGGCAAGCGGUACCGGAGUGCCAAGUCUAGGUCCAAAAGACUUCUCAACAGCUUCUACCCCCAAGCCAUAAUACUCCUGAACAGCUAAUCAUGGCUACCCGGACUAUUUGCACUGCCCCCCCACCCCAUCCUUUUUACGCUGCUGCUACUCUGUUAAUUAUUUAUGCAUAGUCACUUUAACUCUACCCACAUGUACAUAUUACUUCAACUACCUCAACUAGCCGGUGCCCCCGCACAUUGACUCUGCACCGGUACCCCCCUGUAUAUAUAGCCUCCCUACUGUUAUUUUAUUUUACUUCUUCACUUUUUUUGUUGUUGUUUUAUUUUUACUUUCUUUGUUAAAAAUAAAUGUACUGUUGGUUAAGGGCUGUAAGUAAGCAUUUCACUGUAAUGUCUGCACCUGUUGUAUUCGGCGCAUUUGACCAAUAAGAUUUGAUUUGUUUAGUACCAUGUAAUUUAUUGGGCCGUGAUGCUUCAUGGUUGGGUUCUGCUCUUUUCAGAUACACUGUGAUUUUACUGUGGUCUGAGAGAGGUGUUAGUGGGCUGACUGUGAAGGCUCUGAGAGACUCUGGGUUGAGGUCGGUGAUGAAGUAGUCUACAGUACUGCUGCCAAGGGAUGAGCUGUAGGUGUACCUACCAAAAGAGUCCCCUCUUAGCCUACCAUUGACUAUGUACAGACCCAGUGUUCGGCAGAGCUUCAGGAGCUGUACUCCAUUUUUGUUUUUCACUUUGUCAUAGUUGUUUCUGGGGGGGUAUGUGGGGAGGGAAAGGUUGUUGCUUCCCGGUAGGUGUUUAUCCCCAUGACUGUUAAUAGUGUCUAGUUCUUCUGCUGUUCUAGCAUUCAGGUCUCCACAGACCAGCACAUUGCCUUGGGCCUGAAAGUGACUAAUCUCCCCCUCUAGAAUGGAGAAACUCUCUUCAUUGAAGUAGGGUGACUCUGAGGGGGGAAUGUAUGUAGCACAGAGGAAGACGUUUUUAUCUGUUAAGAUAGCCUCCUUGUUGAUUUUUAGCCAGAUAAAGAAUUCUCCUGUUUUGAUCAAUUCGAUUGAAUUAGUUAGUUCCUAUUUAUACCAUAUUAGCAUUCUCUCUCUCUCUGUGUGUGUGUGUGUCUCUCUCUCUCUCUCUCUCUCUGUGUGUGUGUCUCUCUCUCUGCGUGUCUCUCUCUCUCUGCAUCUCUCUCUGUAUCUGUCUGUCUCUCUCAUUAUCUCUCUCUCUCCCUCUGUCUCUCUCUUUGUCUCUGUAUCUCUCUCUCUCUGUAUCUAUCUCUCUGUAUCUCUCUCUCUCUCCUCUGUCUAUCUCUCUCUCUCUCCCUCUCUGUGUCUCUCUGUGUGUGUGUGUCUCUCUCUCUCUCUCUCUCUCUCUCUCUCACUCUCUGUGUCUCUCUCUCUUCAUCUGUCUGACUCUCUCGCUCUCUCUCUCUCAUUAUCUCUCUCUCUCUUUGUGUCUCUGUAUCUCUCUCUCUGUAUCUAUCUCUGUAUCUCUCUCCCUCUGUAUCUCUGUAUCUCACUCUCUGUCUCUCUGUAUCUAUCUCUGUAUCUCUCUCCCUCUGUAUCUCUGUAUCUCACUCUCUGUCUCUCUGUAUAUAUCUCUGUAUCCCUCUCUGUCUCCAGGACUGGGAGUGUCCUCUGUGUAGAGGUAUCUGUAACUGCAGUCUGUGUCGACGGAGAGAAGGACGCUGUGCAACCGGACAACUGGUCCAUUUGGCUCAACACAAGGGCCACAGCAACGUCCAAGAUUACCUGGAGAGGUAGGUGUGCGUGUGUGUGUGUGAGAGAGAAUGUAUAGGUUGUUUAAAAUAAAAAAUAUCUCUCUUUCUACCUUUCUCUCUCCACAGCAUCCAGAAAGAUCUUAGAGCCUAGAGACAAGCAGACCGUGCCCCCUGUUGGUCAGAACAGAGAAUUACACCCUGUAGGCCCAGAGGGAGAGACCCAGCAGACAGUGUGCGUCCCAAUUAUCUCUCCUUUCUCCUGAAGUGUACACUCGUUCACUUCUUACCACAAAUCUGAAAGCAUUGGAUUG